AUGUCCCCUGAGAUUCUCAACAAAAAGCGCUAUAAUUACAAAGUGGACAUAUGGUCACUUGGUAUUAUGGCUCUUGAGAUGAUUGACGGAGAGCCUCCUUAUCUCCACGAAACACCAUUGAAGGCGAUCUACCUUAUUGCACAGAAUGGAAAGCCUGAAAUCAAGAGACGAGACCAGCUUUCUCCUGAUUUCUUAGACUUCUUAGAUCGCUGCCUCGUAGUCGAACCCGAGGAUAGGGCAGACACGGAAGAACUUUUACGACAUCCCUUCCUUGCCAGGGCAAAACCGCUCAGCAGUCUUAUUCCAUAUAUAAAGGCGGUCAAGGAACUCAAAGAAAAGGAGAAACUCAGUCACAAAUAG